AUGUUGAGUGUGCGUUACGAGAAGCGGCUUAAGCCGCAAUUGCCAAUACACAAACAAACAACAAGAACAUACGUAAUAGCAUACGUUUACACGCUGCUUAAGCCAUUCAAUUCAUUCAACAACUUGACUUUGCUUGACUCUUGGCCAAGACAUACUACCUGGCAUCUCUACUUCCUGGUCUCCGCAUCUACUUGCUUGCGUCGCUUGAUUGAAACGCUUCUUGUGUAUUGUGGUGCAGCGAAAACGACGUGCCACCAAGUGUUUGCUUGUAAUUUGCGGUCAAUGAAAUUGCCUCUUAGCCGAGCCCUUGGCGGCUUCAUGUCCUCGUCGUCGUCGUACGCCUCCGUUGCGGUUUCCGCGUUAUCGCCGUCAUCACAGACGCUACACGCCUGCCAGUGUGACGGGCGUGCGGCGAAGAUGUCAACGUCGCAGCACACACACGGCAACUGCACGACGCGCAGCCAGCGGCAAGUGCGCUGUGGCAACGGGAUUAGCAAUUUUACGCAGUGCUUAAUUACUUGCGGACUGCUUUUGCUCUUGGCUGCCGGUAAUGCCAUCGUUGAGGGCGCACUGCGAAAUGUCAAUUUAAUCAUCGAACCACCGGCGGUGCGACGCGGCCAGCAUGCCAUCGUGCGCUGUCUCUACGACUUGGAAGGGACGCCACUCUAUUCGGCCAAAUUUUAUCGCGGUCAAUUGGAGUUCUAUCGCUAUACACCUGGUGAAUUUCCGAAUACGAAAGUUUUCCCAUUUCCCGGCAUACACGUCGAUGUGACCAAUUCAAAUGCAACGCAAGUGCUCAUCCGCAAUGUGGGCUUCGGUUUGUCCGGCAAUUUCUCCUGCGAAGUGACGGCAGAUGCGCCACUCUUCUCAACGGCAACGGCUACGGGCAUUAUGCAAGUUGUUGAAUUACCCGAAAAGCGGCCAACACUCUUCACCGAGCACACACGCUACGAACCGGGCGAUGUGCUGCGCGCCAAUUGCAGUACGCCGCCGUCAAGGCCACGCGCCGAGCUAAAAUUCACAAUAAAUAAUAUGGUGGUGGGCACCUCGGAUACCCAGUACAUACGCACCAUUGACAACUUGAUGGCAUCACGCAUCAGCCUGAAGCUGCAGCUGCAGGGCAUACACUUCACCAGCGCAAAUCCGUCGCUGCUCCACAGUGGUGGCGGUCACGGUUAUGGCGGUUACAACGGCGGCAUGAACUCGGUGCACAGCUUUGGCAGUGGCGGUGGCGUCGGCAGCAGUGCUGGCAGCGGUGGCUACAGUGUUGGCAGUCUGGUUUUGCGUUGCACAGCACAAAUUGGUGAUUUGUAUCAGGAGUACAAGGAAAUUGAAUUGGGCACACCGCAAAAGGAUCCGGUGCCGGCGAGAGUUACGCUCUCUUCUGGCUCCAGCAUGACGAACUUUUUUAGCUCCUACUUUUCCUCCUCGAGUCGACGUUUGCCACCACCGACCGUUGUCGUUAUGCUGCUAAUGGCAAUUGCAAGCGUUACAGCUACAGCAACUAUAACAACAACAACAUUAACAGCAACAACAAUGUGUGUAUUGAGUGGAGUUGUUGAAUUAUGCAUUGCAACAUUUGCAUUCUUUAAUCAAAUGUUGCAGACAGCGCACAAAUUGAGCAGCAAAUGUAUAGAACAGCAACAAAAUCAAAAGCAAAAGCAGCAACAACUACAAAUAGAAGCAACACGACAGCAAGCAAGUGCAAAAUUAUGUCAUGCUAUGCGCAUCGAACGCCAACAACAACAACAACUGUUGCUGCCCAGUCAAUUGCAGUGGUGGCAAAAUUAUGCACAGCAACAACAACAACAGCAAGGACGAUGCAUGCAGCAUGCCACUACAACCAACAGCUCGGCGUUGACUGCCAACUCGAGGUUCACUCACAGAUAACUUAAAUCAAAUUAAAUGUGUUAAUUGAAUUAAAAUUAAAUUUAAUAAGAAAAAGUAAACUAAAAGCGAUGCGCCGUUGACGAAUGAAAGGUGAAAGAAGAGGAAGAAGAAGAAGCUUAAAGUAAAGUAAAAUAAAUGAUAAAAAAUUAGGCUAAUUAAUAUUAUGUAUUUUUAUAGUAGUUUUAAGUGAAUAUUAUGUUUUACGUGUAAUUACGAGUAGCGGACGACAACAACAGCAAAACUUAAAAAGAAAACAACAAAAACAAAUAAGAAAUACAACAACUACAAGCAGACACUGAUAAUUACAUUUAAUGCGAUUAUAAAUGUGCGCAACAGCUGUGAGCUGACGAAACUCGAAGUGUGAGAAGGAGACGGUGCUGUGCGAGAAGAACGAGAUGGGCGAGUGAAGGAAGGAAGUGAGGUAGACAGCGCAACAUUAAAGCAACAAAUAUUAACUAAACAAAGAUUGACAUGUAAGCCGAUGGCAAAAUACUGCACUAAAGAAUCAAAAAUUGUAAUAAAAUAAAAAAAUAAAAAACAAAAAAUAAAAUAAAUUAUUUUAGUUUCUAAAAUUAGUGAUUUUUCUUUACAUUUCACGAAACAACUAUUUUUAAGGCUAUUAAUUUUACAAAACUCUGUAAGCAUUGAGCAUGAAUUAGGUGAAUAAAAAUUACACAAAAAGCGGAAAAAGGGUGUGACACUUUGUCUACAACAAUACACAGUAUAUGUAUACCCUUUGGUAGCCUUAAGAAGAGGUCAAAAUAUUUAAGCUGAUAAAUAGGCAAAAAAUUAAACCAAAAAUACCAACAAAAUAUGCAAAAUCUGCAAUUUAAAAGAAAAUAAAAUGAAAAAAAAAAAACAACAA